AUACGGAAGAACUGGAAUUAACCGAUCGGUUAAAGUAAAUUACUCAUACAUUUAUCUUUUUAAUCAAAUAAGGCGAUCUCAGGUGCAUAUUUUCUUAUUAUUUACUAAGUUAACGGGUAUUUUUAUUAAGACCAGAAGAUGAACCACCGGUCACUAUGCGGAUUCUUUUCGAAAAUGUUAAGAAACUUGAGAAACCUUGGAGAUUGGAGAGCAACGGCAAGUGAAUAAUUUAUUUAAUGACGAACUCUUAAGUAACAAAUUAUCCAUUUUUCUUUCGCUUACGCCAUUUUUAUUUGUUAUCGGCAUUAUCUAUACACCUUUAACAGGAAAUUCAUGGACGAUUUUUGCGCUAGAUGCCCUGGAUUUAAUUGUCUCCAAGUAUAGCACGAUUACACAGCUGAGGUAAUGAAAUUCCUAUUAAUCUCUCGAAUAAUCAUGAAGCGUCGACAAAUUAUUGAAACCGAAGGUUCCUUACACAUAGAUGUUUCUAGCUUAAAGAAUUGCCAGAUAAACGCGUACGGAAUUGUUCAGAUUUCUGAGAUCCUGAAACGUUAUCGAUGCCUGAAAGACCUAAUUUUGGACAUGAAUCCAAACUCUAGUAGGAAUUACUAUUUGCUGUGCUCACCUGAAGGGAAAUUACAGCACUUAUCCCUGAAACUUUGCGAGAUAGCUGAUAAAGGUGUUGAAAAAAUAUCAAGGGAAUUGGAAUAUGCAAAGAACGCGGAUUGUUCAACUAUUGUGUCCUUGGAUCUUUCCAAUAAUGGAAUCACGGAAAUUGGAGCUCAGUAUAUCGGAGCAAUGCUACGCACGAAUAGGUCCACCUUGACUCAUCGAGAAGUAGUCGAGCUUCGGCGAGAAAAAUUAGCGUUUCUUAGAAGCCCAAAAAGUGAAGAUUCGUCGGAAAAGAAAGAAAUCUUGGACUCACUCGAAGACGAGGAAAAGAAGAGUCUUGAAACAAUCGACACAGAUGGUCAUGCCGGAAGUCGGACAUCUUCAAAACCUGAUUUCCCCUCAGCGCAAAAUGGUCUUAAAACCAACAUGGAAUCUAAAAAUUCAUCAACAUUGCAUCCUGUAGGUAAAGAGAGCAGGCGAAUUAAAGGAGCAAUUAUGUGCACAGGGAACUUCGAAAUACGCCAUUUAAACCUAAGUUUUAAUCAGUUAUCAAAGAAAUCGCUGGAAAGGAUAUUGAGCUGCAUCCAUUACCAGGAUUUUAUGCUGUUGAAGGAUUCCAGUAGAGGUCUUGUUUACCUUGACUUACGGGGUAAUCAUUUGGAGAACGAAAGUAACGAGUCCUGGGUACGUCUGGAGGAACUCCUGCACGCACGUCGUCAUCACGAAGAAUCGAUUUCCAGUGAUCUUGAAGAGUUUCGUUCCUCGAAGCUUCUGCCGAUCGAGAGCAAGAUUUUGCGUAGCAAAAUUGCUAAUACUUCCGAAGCAGCAGUCUCCGAAAAAAUAUAACGAAAUUUAUAUAUAUAUAUAUUUCAU